UGUUCAUAAAACAAAUAGGAAAAAGACGAAGGAAAGACAAAACAGUUUAACUUUAAAACAUUAAUUUUCAUUUUUGUUUGUAGCUAGCUAGAAUGGAAGGCCAGGAAGACCAAGAGGCAACAGAUGUCGAGGCCCGAGAUUCAAAUCAACGAGGGAUUCGCUCAUUUUUCUCUAAGAUCAAACAACGGGCUGUAAACUCGCUCAUCUGUUCCUCGGCCAACGUAGUCCCAGUCAACGACCAAAGCAUACCGGGCGACGCUCCAGCACAGCAAACCGAAAACAACGAUGCCUCCGCUUCGGCAUCCGUAGGAAAUUCUCGUACGUUCGGCGUCGUUGAUCUGAAAAUCGAGGCCCUCGAUGUCGUCAAAGUCGAGGACGAAGAUGAGAACGGCGUUGAGACGUACGAGAUCGUCGAAGACUACGAUCCGGAGCUCAUCGAGCCAGACGUUGAUGAUAUUUGGGAGGAUAAUAUGUGGAAGAAGCUACAUUUAAUGAAGAACGAAAGAAAGCCCAUCGACUUUCGUCUCUAUCUCGUUGAUAUGGUCCGUUAUUCAGCGAAAAUCGACGACCUGAAGAGCAUGGGCAUUUAUAUCAUGCAACUUCAACGGGAAUACCAAAUUUACGACAACCCCGAGAAGAUCGACAAAGACCCUUCGAGGUCGAAGGGGAGGACGAAGUUCCGUGUAGACGGUCUCGUCGAGGACUUGAUCCUCCGUCUCGUGUCGCUCAGGGUCGGGUCCGACGUCAGCUGGAAGAGGACGGUGAAUCUCAUAUGUGAUCGUAUGAAGAAGAACAUGGCGCCAAAGCCGAAAGUCGACAUCGACGAGCUGCCGAAGAUUUUCUUCCGAGGUCGCGCGACAACGGCACAGGACGUUAGUGAUUCAUGGUUUCUAUAUUCCACCAUCGACCUCACCGGGUACGAUCUCCAGGGUGACUCCGACGCAGAGGAACUUCGACGACGCUUAGGGAUUUUUCUGUCCAUACGGCCACUCAUCCUCGUCAAACUCAAUCUCAGUUACACAGGACUAGACAAGAAGAGCUUCCUCCCGCUACUCCCCUACAUCGCCGAGCUCCGGUCCCUCCAGGAGCUUGAUCUGCGAGGUAACCGACUGGAUACAUCUAUCCUCAAAUAUUUCUAUCCAUACCUGGGAAAAUUCGGCGACAAAUUCCGCUCCGGUUUCUCCAGUCUUCGAUGGGUCUACUUCAACCACAACGUGGACAUCAACUGCCUGCCUAUCCGGUUCAUCAUGGGCGUCGAACGCCGUUGGCCCCCGAUCGAGCACCGUCCGUCUCCGCAGGAGCUGACGGAGAACCGCGCAUCCGCCUGCGACUUCUCCAAGAUCGAGAGGGUUCAAGCGAGACUGAUCGAGAAGAGGACGCAACUCCAGAAGAGCGCUCGGUUGGUGAACGUCAGCAAGGAGAAGGAUUUGAGAGACCGAAAGAAGGCUGCGUUCUUGAGGAGGGUUGCUGGGGCUGCGAACCAGCUGCUUGCUGCAGAUGCGUCGUUGAUCAGGGAUAUGUCACCCACGUCCGAACUCGGUCCUCUAUCCGGUACAUUACUUGAUCCAGAAAUUGACGGUUCUGACGCUGGGCGGGUCGAGUCGAGUCGAUUAGCUCGGGGACAGCGGGUGUCUCGGCCGGCGCGGGCAUCUGCUGCUGCUGUUCUUGCUAUAGCAGGAAACAAUCGAAACGCAAACGGCAACCACGCAAGAGGUUAG